UCGUCUUCCCUCGCUCGUAAGGCGAGAAGCGAGACUGGAAGCGGAGGGAGGCAGCGGGGCCGAGGACAGGAUGGAGGAGAAGAAGCAGUUUCUUUGCGGGGUGGUGGAAGGUUUCUAUGGGAGGCCGUGGUCUAUGGAUCAGAGGAAAGUCCUCUUCCAGUGGAUGCAGCACUGGGGGUUGAACACGUACCUGUACGGCCCAAAGGAUGACCUAAAACACAGACUGCUGUGGAGAGAAGUCUAUUCUCCUGAAGAGGAGAGUCAGUUACGCACUCUCAUAGCAGAGGCCCAGUCGAGAGGCCUGAAGUUUGUUUACGCCCUCUCUCCUGGUCAGGACAUUGUCUUCUCUUCUUCCUGUGACCUCACACUACUCAAACGCAAGCUGAGACAGGUAUCAGACCUGGGUUGCCAGGCAUUUGCUAUUCUGUUUGAUGACAUCGAUCACUCCAUGUGUCAGGCCGACAGCGAGGCCUUUUCUUCAUUCGCCCAUGCUCAGGUCACUGUAACCAAUGAGAUCUAUCGGUUCUUGGGGGAACCUCCUGUCUUCCUAUUCUGCCCUACAGAGUAUUGUGGUUCUCUGUGUUCUCCCAGUAUAUCAAAGUCUCCCUACCUGCAGACUAUUGGAGAGGACCUGCUGCCCGACAUAACAGUGGUAUGGACAGGCAGUAAGGUCAUCUCCAGGAAACUGUCUGUAGACUGCCUGGCUGAGGUGGAGUCUGUCCUCCAGCGCCCCCCGCUCAUCUGGGACAAUCUGCACGCUAAUGACUAUGACUCCAGACGUCUCUUUCUGGGGCCUUUUAAGGGCAGAGAGCCUCAGCUGAGGAGCCACCUCAGAGGCCUGUUACUCAACCCGAACUGCGAGUUUGAAGCCAACUACAUCCCUCUCCAUACGCUGGGAAGCUGGUACAGAGCUGGAAAGGAGGAGAGGAAAGAUGAGGAGUGUGAAUACUGUGCUGAUAGAGCUCUGUCUGCUGCACUACAUGACUGGAUGGAAGAACUCAACCAACCACUACAAGCAGGUCGGCAGAGCUCACGAGCAGACCAGCGUUCCUCUGCUCCAGCAUCUCGCUGCAAAACUCCUGACAGAGCCGACUGCCCCUCCACCUUGAGAGGAAUCUCUGCCGUGGCAAAACUUCCUGUUUUCCCCCUCAACUCCAGCUCACCCCCGUCAUCACCCACUAAGGUCAAGGGGGAGAGGGAGGGACAAGAGGGGGAGAAGAAGAGGCCCAACCAGCCCGUUCAACCCAAUCAGCCUCCAGGAUCCAAGCCUUUGGCACAUUCAGGUGGAGGUAAGGGACAGAAGGCCCAGGGUCGGGGACUGUGUGGUGGGAAGGGUCUCCUCAGUGAGUCGCAGGUGCGGCUUCUGGUUGGUCUUCAUUAUCUACCCCACGAGCAUGGUCUGUCAGCCCAGAAACUGCUGCAGGACCUGACUUGGCUGAAAACAAACUGCCACCUGGUCAGCACUAACAGCAAGAAGGCACCGCCUCAGAAGAUUGAUGAGUGGCGUGGCCGGGCCUCCAGGUUCAUGUCCCUGUGUGAAGACAUAGCACAGCUCCACUGCAGUGUGGUGGGCGGAGCCAACAGAGCCGUGCUCUAUGACCUUUACCCUUAUGUGUGGGACCUGAGGAACAUGGCGCUGGUGGCAAAAGCCUUCAUAUGCUGGCUGGAUGGACGAGUGUUGAGUGACAGCUCCACCCUGGGCACCUGGAAGAACUGCUUCCACUGGUGUGGGAAGUCCACAGGGGCAGACCUACUGGGAAUGGAGUCAGAGCCAUGGGUGUUCAAAGGGGGCGUGUCUGGGGAGGUGCAGAUGCUUCUCCCAAUAGGCAGCAGCAAUGAUCUCUUCACUCAUCCUCCUCCUCUCUUCCCUACCUCUCGUCUCUAUAACAUCAGGCCCUACCAUGGCAAGGACAAGGUGGAGUUGUAUCGUAUGGUUCGCCAACUCCACUUGAGGACUCAGGGUGGCCAAGAGUCCAGUACUGCUCACCCAGAUGUCAUAGGAGACAGAUGUCUCGGACCAUGCCUGGCAUUGUGCCCUGAGUACAGCUUCAUCCUAGAGGAUGAGCUGGGUGUGUGUGGCUGUGUCUUGGGCAUCUUGGAUGUUCGCUCCUUUGCCAAGCGGUGCCAGGCCAGCUGGAUGCCCGCCAUGAGGGACAAGUACCCAUCCAAAGGGGGCAACACACAUUCCAACACACAGGACUUGAUCCAGCUGAUGGAGGAAGACCAGGGAGAGUACCCAGACUCUCUCCUCUACCACUUCCCCUCUCAGCUGCGACUGGACGCCCUGCCUGAGCUGGUGGACAUCAGCGUCAGCCGCACCCUGCUCACUGCCCUCCUCACUGCACUCAAGGCCAACGGAUCUCAGGGUGUGUUCUGUGAGGUGCAGCCGACAGACCGCCAGAGGCUGGAGUUCUUGACAAAACUGGGCUUCCUUGAGAUCCUCAGAGGAGAAGCAAGGAGCAGAGAGGGAGUGGUGCUGGGGAGGCUGCUCUGAACAUACACACACACACACACACACACACACACAAACACACACACGUAAAUACACUUUGCAACACUUUGCACCCAUACAGUAGACACAGAGGCACUUACACACACAGAAAGAUGUUAGAACAGCAGGCUAAUCUUUGUAAAGAAGAAGGAUCUGUAAUCUCUCCGUCAAGAGAGAAAACCCUUUUUUUAAGGGACAAUCCUGGAUUCCUUUGAGUCUGUGUGGCAGUAAUGGGCAUGAACCCAGAGAUUUCUGAGGGAUUUACAAAUAUAAAAUAAGCUUUGAGAGUUUAAACCUUCAGCAGAGCUGUGCUAAUCUUUCUUGGAUUCCAUCCCUGGCUACAGAUGACAAGAUUUAGUCUAGGUAAGAGGAAGUAAACAACAGAAUAGUUUGAGAUGGGAGCAGAUCAGUAGAUCACAACAGCUACAACAUCUCCUCUGUGUCAUUAUUCACACAUGUAUUUUUUUUUAAAGCAGCUAUAAUAUCAAUAUAUUACCAAAAACAGAGCUAAAAGGAGAGUGAAUAUUGGAAUAUUUGCCAGGUGUCCAGAAACAUGACUUGAAAUGAAUGAUAAUGUUGCUCUGUACCAGCUGGAUGUGUAAGCAGGCAACCGUUUGCUACCAUGUUCUCUAUAUCAUCCAUAAAAGGUGAUAAUAUGCUAGUAAUGUGUUCACAGUUUGUGCCCCAAGCGGCCAAGUGUACAGAACGAUAUAUAACGUGGUACUCUUUAGAGCUUUAAAGGUGCUGGUAGGAGGAAUUUGUUUGUUUGUUGUUUGAGCCAGAGUAGCGUUCCUUCUGCUUAUAGCAUCAUACUUGCCAUAGACAGAGUGGUAUUGAUCUUCUUGUCUAACUCAAAUAAUGGCAUUUCCUUCCCUAAAUGUCAGACUAUGAUCCCCUCCUGUACACAACCAGGGUUCAAGCUGCUACAGCUGAUCUUGUACUCUGCUCCCUCUGCUUCGUUCAUGAACAAUAUUUCUUCUUAAAAGUCUGGAUGUUGUUUUCUAGCUGCUGUCCUGUCGGUUAAAUAGAGGCUGCCAACACCAGACUGGACCCAGGCACAGCGUCACUGUUUACACUCGCUUAGAUUAGAUGAAUGUUUACAUGCAUGAAGAACAAAACAUUGUGUGACUGUUCGCGAAGUAGGAUUACGUAUAUACUGACAUAAACACAAACAUAGGCUUAUCAUUUCAAUGGAAUGCUCUAACAUGGCUACAUUAAUGAAGAUUUCUUUAUUGAACUUUUCCUCAGCUGUUAUAGCUAUAAAGUCUUAGCAAAAAGCAAGCGCAUGCAUGCUAAAAUUCAUCAGAAAAACAAUUUAUUUAUUGACAAACAUUUAACACACACACCACACCACACACACACACACACACACACACACACACACUUAUCUGAAGUUUACACUGGGUUCAAUUGGAUAUAAUAGAUACCUCUCCCUAAUUUUAUUGUCAGACACUGUAAACAUCACCAGUGAGUAUGUAUGGUGUAUGUGUGGGUACUUUGUACGUGAUGUGUGUGUGUGUGUUUGCAAACAUGCCAAUUCAGACAGGUGUGUCAUUCUGCCUUUAUUCUGAACCACAAUGAACACAGGCAUACACAGAAAUAUACACGCAUGCACACACAGUCAUGCUAACAGAAGCACAACAGCACUCCUGAUGAAAUCUUCAACUGAAAGUACGUAGAACUACGAAUGUUCAUUAUUUUGUAAUGCAGCUUAAAAGACACAAGUACUGGUUGUGCAAGUAUUUAUAUUUCUACUUUUUUGUUCUUUUCUUUUUAUUAUGCUUUAUCAAUCACAGACUGAGAGCCACUUUUGUGUGUUUCUAAUUGUUACCAACCUCAUCACCAUUGUUUGUGAGGUAGUUCAUGAUAAAAAUUAUUUAGUCCCAGAACUGAAAAUGAUGUAGACAAAAAAAAUCCUACAAGCACUGAGGUAGAAAUGCAUGAUGCAAAGAAAAAUGUUUAGAAAAGACGUUAUUGUUUGUGUCUGAAAGUGUACGUACGAAAAAAGAAAAUAAUC